GCUGGGAUAUCAGUCACAGCAGCUCCUUUUACAAUUUCAGAAAACCAAUGAAACCUCUAGACAAAUAAAAGAAGCUAGCAAUCAUUCUGGUUGUCCCCAGAUAAACCUUACCAUGGACCCUUGAAAGCAGAAUGUCGCAGUCAUCCCCUCCUCUUGAUUUUAUUCCUUCGUCACCAGGCACCUCCUCCAAGCCAUCUCGCUACACAUACCGACAUCUCCAAUUACUCCGUCAGAACUCGCCGAUUAGUCCCCUCAGAGUCAUUGCGCACGUUGAUCUCGAUGCCUUCUACGCGCAGUGUGAAAUGGUCCGUCUAGGCAUCCCACGCGAUACACCUCUAGCCGUCCAACAAUGGGAUUCGCUCAUCGCCAUCAACUACGCCGCGCGCCCUUUCGGGAUUACUCGUAUGUUGUCAGCGAUCGAAGCGAAGAAAAAAUGCCCAGAUUUGGUCCUCCAGCAUGUUGCGACUUUUCGAGAAGGUGAAGGUGGAAGGUGGGCCUACCGCGACGAUGCGUCGAAAAACAUUCAGUCCGAUAAAGUGUCGCUGGACCCCUACCGUGCGCAAUCACGCAAUAUCUUGAGGACAAUCAAGGAAGAGCUCACAAAACUCAGGGGGGAACUCAUUGGUCUGGCGGGUGGGGCUUUGUCUGAAUUGCUGGCUGCGAGGAUGGAGAAGGCUUCUAUCGAUGAAGUCUUUAUUGACUUGUCAUCACUGGUCUAUGCUACUCUCUACCAGCGAUACCCAGAACUGAGAAAAGUGCCCACCGCUGAUGACAAAACCACUCCUUUGCCUUGUCCGCCGACAACCGCGCUCGAUUGGUCCUCGGAUGACGGUUUGGUAGACCUCGAUGAGAACGAGGCAGAGGAAGACGACCCUGACUGGGAUGACAUUGCUAUGCUGAUUGGUGCCGAACUCAUUCGCUCGGUGCGCGCCACCGUUUGGGAGAAACUCAGCUAUACAUGUUCUGCGGGUAUCGCACGGAAUAAAAUGAUGUCAAAAUUGGGGAGUGCUUGCAACAAGCCCGAUAAGCAAACAAUUGUCCGAAACCGUGCCAUUCAAAAGUUCCUAGAUGGUUUCAAAUUUACGAAGAUUCGCAUGCUCGGUGGGAAACUAGGGGAUCAAAUCAGUUCCGAGUUUGGAACUGAACAAGUUAACGAUCUCCUCAAAGUCUCACUUGACCAGUUUAAAGCCAAGUUAGACGAUGACACAGCAGUGUGGCUGUAUAACAUCAUCCGCGGUAUUGAUAACAGUGAGGUUAAUACGAGAAUGCAAAUCAAAUCCAUGCUAUCGGCCAAAUCUUUCCGUCCGUCCAUUAAUUCGGCAGAACAGGCGGAAAAGUGGUUGCGCAUAUUCGCUGCCGAUCUCUACAGUCGAUUGGUUGAAGAUGGCCUUCUCGAAAAGAGGAGACGACCAAGAACAAUUACAUUACAUUACCGAACAGGUGGCCAAAUGCAUUCGAAACAGCUGUCAAUACCAGGCGGUAAAAUGAUUGAAGAAACCAUACUCUUUAGUUUGGCACGAGAUCUGCUGAAACAAGUCAUGGCCGAAGGGAGAGCGUGGCCAACAGCAAACUUAUCUUUGAGUGUUGGUGGAUUUGAGGAUGGGCCAACGAAUAACAAGGCCAUUGACAGCUUCUUUACUCCAGGUCGGAUAAGCACGUCUGAGAGCAUACUGGCAGAAAAUGUGGCGGAAUCACGCGGUGAGAACCAACCAGCGAAGAAGCUGAAGAUCGCCAGCGACGGUAUUGGACGUUUUUUUAAACACGUUUCUCAAGUGGACAGCGAGUUGGAAGACAAGGAGACAAGUACCGAUACCUCUCCACCGCCAGAGGUAAGUUCAUUACAAUUCUCUGAAGCAUAUGAAGGCAACGACAUGCCUUCUGCCGCCGAUGGAAAUCUAGACAACGUAGAGCACUUUGGGCUAUAUGUCUGUCCUCGGUGUAAUCAGGAGAUUGUCAAAAAUCAUCGUGAUGAACACGAUGACUGGCAUUUCGCCAAGGAGCUCGAAGCACAGGAGGUCCAAGCAGACCGAACCUCCCAAGGAAUUGCCCAGCAAUCAUCCAGACGAGUAACGACAGAACGCAAGAUUCCCGGGCCAGGUCGGCCUCGUAGUUCCAAGACAGAGAAGGGACAAAAGAGGCUCUUUUUCGGCUGACAGCAAACUUAUAUUCGUGUAUACUGAUGUGUAUAUACUGGAAGACAAAGUACUCAGAUGUUUCAUGAAAUGAUACCCCCUUGUACAUUGCCCAAUCAACCCUAUAUCGAUGAUAUUAACAUCAGCCGUGUCCAAUUAAUACUUCCAGCUUCAGAAGUGCAUGCACUUUAAUGUCAAAAGAAUAUGACGCACCUCAGCCCCAUCCACUGAUACGCCAGAGACGCUCGGGUGGGGUAAUUAGAGGGG